AUGAAUCCGCGGCUAAAAGCGAAGCGCAGCGCCGGCAAGCGCCUCGAGGUGGAUGAGGUCUUCAAGCGCAGCUUGUUGGAAGACAUCUUGCCCACCUCCGCCCCGGAGUUCAUGCAGAGCACCGAGGAUGGCAUCGUCUUCCGCAUCUAUCGGCUCGGACGCUUGGAGGUCCGUACGGCACAGGCACCGAACUCAGAGCAAGAGAUUCUCUCGGUGUUCUCCCAGCGGCCUGUGACCGAGAUGGCACCAGGCAAGAUGAAGGCCGUUUCCCAGGAUGAGAAGUUCAUCAAAGGGCGCCUUUACGUGGAGGCAAUCGAGGGAGAUCACAAGGAUGCGGCCAAGCAGCUGCAUUUGUGCCACUUCUACGUCGUUCUUGAGACGAAGAGCGGGCACACCAUCCUCACUGAGAAGUUGGCGGAUGGAAGCACCACUUGGGUGGUGAACCCCAAUUGCUUGGAAGAUCGCAAUUCCUUGGCGAAGCUCAUGGUUUGCUUGGACAUCCGAAUGGAGCCAUUCCAUCAAGAAGCCUGCGUCGACCUCGGCCGCUCGGCGAAGACUCACAGUCAUGCUGCGCUGCGGGUGGUGAGUCCGGUUUUCACCACCGCGGGCGUCGGCGUGGUCCAGGAGCGGAAACGCUACGCCCGAGAGAUCUUCUCCUUGGCUCACACAGUGCUUCUUCGAAGCGAUGGUAGUGCUGUGGCCUGCGGAUGCAACCAUGAUGGUCAAUGCAAUAUUCCACCUUUGGAGGAAGGGAUGUCAUACACCCAGGUUUUUGCAGGCUUCAGUCAUACCGUGCUUCUUCGAAGUGAUGGACAUGCUGUGGCUUGUGGAGACAACCGCGAUGGGCAAUGCGAUCUUCCACCUUUCGAGCCUGGGAAUUGCUACAUUGCCUCAUUUGGAGAAGACCGUGUUUUCCAAGUGGAUUUUGUGGAAGAUGAUGCAAUCAUGCUGACAUGCUUGGAUUUGGGGCAUGAAAAGUUACAGUUGAAGACACUUGGGUGUGGCUUGGGAUACUUGGCAGAUUGCGCAGGAAUUGGAUAUCAGUCUUCCGAGUCUUCGACUCGUGCCUGCACGGAGAAGUGUUGGCGGCAGACUUCACAGUAUUCCUUCAACUCGCUGCAUUUUGAUGCAUGCUUCAAGGAAACACAUCCGCGCUUCCUCGGACGAGCGUAUCCUUAUCCCAGCAGCUCCAAGCGGUCCAGCGAGUUCAGGUCGGAGUAUCGCUUCACCCUGAGUCCUGCCGUUCGGGGACUCGGUCCGGGCCGGAGCGUGGAAGAUCUGACACCACCGACCAUCACAGUGGUGAGCAUGUACGGCAUCUCAGAGAACGUGAUCCGCGUGACCAUUCGCCUAGAUGAUUCGGGCACCACGUAUUGCCGAGCCUACGACAGCAGCACCUUCACUCCGGUGUCGCAGGGCGGUACGGAUGUGCCGACCUUGACGGAUUGCACCGCGUGUCUCCUCGCGAUCAACACGGGCUCAGGCACCAACUUCAUGGGCACGUCCACCUACGACUCCACCAAAGGCUACGCCCAACAUGAGGUGGACAUUAGUGGCCUCGCGGCGAAGACCUUCUACUGGGUCUAUUGCUAUUCCCACGACGAUGAGAUUCCCACGGUGAACGUCGCGACGUCUUCGCAGAUGUUGGCCACCGAGCGUCAGGUGAGGACGUUGGACACCACGGCGCCCAGCUUCGGCACGUUCACCUGCGCAGAGACGCCGGCCACCGAGGAUAGCAUCACGGUGACCUUGAGUUUGAAUGAAGCUGGUCGGGCCUACUGCAAGGUGGUGAACACCGGCUUCGAUCCGCCCACGCCCAACGCCGUCAUCGCCGAAGGUUUCUACAUGGACGUCACCACCACGAGCGAUUUCACCAUCAUUGUGAAUCAGAUCACCACGGGCUUAGGCUCCACAGGGAUGGAAUCGCUCCAUGCGAAGUGGGACUACGAUGUCUACUGCUGGGCACAGGAUGCUGAAGGCUAUCCCUACUACGGCCCCAAUGGCAUGGUCGCAGCCGAGGCUUGUCCUUCCAAUCCGGUGACGACGUUGGAUUUGACCCGACCCUCUUUACGCUUCAUCAUGGCGGAAUCCAUCUCCAGUAGCCAGAUCAUCAUCACCCUGCAGGUGGAUGAAGGAGCCAAGGAGUUCCAUCCAAGCACCCAGCAGCCGUCGGCGUUGGGCCGGCGUGGCGCCAUGGGCUGCUUUCGGAAUGUGGGCGUGAAAGUGCGGGGAGCUGGUCGUCCGCGCUUCCUAUUGCUGGUCUUCAGCCUUAGCCUUGGGUAUCACUGGUGCUUUGCCGCACCGACCGCUCCACCACGUGGAUCCUUGACCGGGCGGAUCGCAGACGCCUCCGGAACCGCGCGACCCCACGUGGCUUUCCGCGCGUCCGGGAGCGGUGAGGCCAGCGCCGCGAGCGCUAGCGUGAGUGAUGCAGGAAUCAACUUGGCAAAGAACCUGGUGGGUUCCGGCAUCCUCAGCUUGCCUGCCGGCAUCGCGGCCUUCGCUUCCUCGUCCUCCGCCCUCUGGGUCUCCUUGCUCUUGCUGGGCGGCUCCGCAGGGCUGAGUGCCUAUACCUUCUACCUCAUCGGCAAGGUGUGUCAAGAGACGGAGAGCGCCAGCUUCGGCGCCGCCUGGGAGAAGUCGGUCCAGUCGGGCAAAUGGAUCCCACAAUGGGUCUGCAUUCUUGAGUGUUUUGGUGGCGCCGUGGUCUAUGCCAUGGUUUUGGGCGACGUCUUCUCUUCCUCCUUUCAGAACCUGCCGGCCAAGUUCUCCUUGCUGGGCACUUUAGCCACCAGCUACGUGGUGCUUUUUGUGGUGAAGCGUUUUCUCGAUGGUAGCUAUGCAGCUGGCGGCCAGUUCUUCAAAGCUGCUGCACUGGCGACGAGUGCGCACACCUCGAUCUUCAAUCCACAGAUGUUAGUCCUGGUGGCCUUGCUCUCGACCGCCUUCUUGGUCCAUUUCAACGCGCCGCAGUUCUUCGUGGAGCUUCCUCCAGCGAAGCCCACCAGUGAGGAGAAGCAACAGAAGCUCAAGGACUUCAGCAAGGUGUCGCUGAUCGGCUUUGGGAUUGCUUCUCUCCAAUAUGCCCUGGUAAUGUGCUUUGGCUUCUUGACCUUCGGCCAGGCCGUCAGCGGGACCCUGGGGCUGCGAAGAUCGGCGCGUUUUGGAUGUGGGACCAGGAAUGUGCUCCUGAACUACGAUGCGGCGGACCCUUGGGCGACGGUGGCACGCUUGGCGGUGGGCGUCUCCAUGCUCUUCGGGUACCCCAUGCAGUUCGCAGGCUUCCGCGAUGGCUUGCUGGAGCUGGGCCACAUUGACCGCCUACCCACGGUCAAGCAUCGCCUGGUCACUGGCGCAUUGCUGGCAGUGGCCGUGGCGGUCGCGUGCUUCUUCCGGGAUUUGGGGCUGGUGCAGGCGGUGGAGGGUGCCCUUUUGGCAGCUUUCCUCGUUUUUCUGGCCGGUCCCAUCAUGGCUUUGAAGCUGCCCUUCGGCCGGGCGCCUCGUGCGCGGCGUGCCUUCCAAGCGCUCAUCGUGCUGGGUGUGAGCUUCAUGGGCAUUGGAUGUGCUGUGAACUUCGGCUUUCUCUGA